ACCACGUUUGCAAAGGAGCCAAAAGGCCAACCAGAAGCCAGUUCCUGUCGCCAGCCUGCAUCUUGGGCUACCCUGACCUUACCACUACUGCGCUUCUUCUACCCUUUGAAACUGACGCGGCCGACACCGAACUUGAGAACACGAACUUCGCCAGGCAUAUUCGAUUCACCUCACGAUCUUUGCUUUGCGCCUUUUGACACCUAUCGCCGAUUUUAAACUUUGCCGCCGCUCCAUCCUGCGUUGCCAGGCCACGUCGCCGUACUUUUCGAUAUACCCCUUACACUCCACGUAUCCAGUCGAUUACUUGGGCACCUCGUACUCGCGCCUACAUUUUUAAUACACUUUUCGCCAUUGAUAGCAAGAGGCGCCAACGGGACAAGACUCGAAAAGCCAACCCAUCAAACACCAUCGUAUUAAGCAAUUCGCACCGUUCAAGCCAAACACCUGCCUACGCUCGCAGUCGAUUCGCCACCAUGGCCGUCGCAUCAAUCCAGGACCGCACCUCGGAGUUCAAAUCGGUCCUCGCCCAGGCGCAGCGUCGCCAGGCGUCCAGUAAAGUCGGCGCGCAGCGCAGGUCUCUUCUGACGGACCAGCAGAAGGCCGCCGCCAACGGCGAUGGACGACCCAGGAGAUCGGACUUUGCCCGCCAAGCGGCGCAAAUCGGCAGGAGCAUCACAGGCACCAUGGGAAAACUGGAAAAGUUGGCGACACUUGCCCGCCGACGAACCCUCUUCGACGACAGGCCUGUCGAAAUCAACGAGUUGACGUUCAUCAUCAAGCAGGACUUGUCCUCCAUCAACCAGCAGAUCUCGCAGCUCCAAGCGCUGACAAGGACCCAACACCCAAAGGCCGACCAGGAGGGCGAGCACAACAAGAACGUCGUGUUCCUUCUGCAGGGCAAGCUCACGGAUGUGUCGGCCAACUUCAAAGACGUGCUGGAGGAGCGUACGAAGAACAUACAGGCGUCGCGGUCGAGGACAGACAACUUCAUCUCGUCUGUUGGGCAGCACACGCAGCCACCUAUUCAGCAAUCGGCAUCGCCACUCUAUGGCACGCCAAACAGAGGAACGCCGUCUCCGGGAGCUGACCUCCUGUCGCUGAACCCCGCGAGUGACCAGCAGCUGCUCAUGAUGGAGGAGGCGCAACCGCAGAACAGCUACAUCAAUCAGAGAGGCGAGGCCAUCGAGGCUAUUGAGAAGACCAUCGGCGAGCUGGGCAGCAUUUUUGGACAGCUGGCGACGAUGGUAUCGGAACAGAGCGAGAUGAUCCAGAGAAUUGACGCCAACACGGAAGACGUCAUAGACAAUGUCGAGGGCGCGCAAAAAGAGCUGCUCAAGUAUUGGGGACGAGUAUCGAGCAAUCGCUGGCUCGUCGCAAAAAUGUUCGGCGUGCUCAUGAUUUUCUUCCUACUCUGGGUUCUCAUUGCAGGUUAA